AUGGGUGUUGUGUGCAGCGAAGAAUUUGAUUCUGGCGGGCCCCAAAGUGGCAGCAACUUCGCACUAAGCGCUGCUUCCAUAGGCAAAUCGAGAGCUGCUGCUUCUUUGCCUUACUUGGCGGGAUUAAAUCAAUAUGUGCAUGUGCAAGAAGAGAAGGAGGAGCAGCUCUCGGAGGCCACCGUGUCGCAGUACGGGUGCGUGGUGGUGUGCGGGGGUUUGCUGCGGGAGCUGCUGCGGCUGAACGCGCUCUGCAGGCAGCUGAGGGUUUGCUUCCUCUGCUGCUGCAGCGCGGGACUUUGCAUGCAAGUUUUCGCAGACUUCGGCAGCAACUUCGAAGUGCUGGACCCCACAGGCGAGGAGCCGCGGGAGGCGCUGGUUGCUGCAGUGAGCAGCAGCAGCAGAGCUGAGGUGUACGUACACCCGGACCGCCCGCUGCCCUUCCAGGACGGCGACCUGGUGGUUUUCCGCGAAGUGCUGGGCAUGCAGAACUUGAAUUUCGAAGCUCCCAAAAGGAUUAAAGUUUCCGGAAAAAGAUCUUUUUGCAUCGAUUUAAACACUCUUUCUUUUCCGCCCUACGAGGGGGGGGGGGUUGUGCGCCAGGUGAAGGAGCCGCAGCUCAUUUGCUGCCGCAGCCUGCAGCAGAGCCUCCGCCGCCCGGCCCCGCUGCAGCAGCAGCAGCAGCAGCAGCAGCAGCAGCAGCAGCAGCAGCAGCUGCUCGUCGCGGACCUCGCCAAGCUCGACGGCGCCAACCAGCUCCACUUCGCCUUCAUGGGGCUGCUGCUGCUGCUGCAGGAGAGGGAAGGCAGGCAGCCGCCGCACCCCGUUCUUUACUCCCGAACUGCUGCAGCAAGAAACCCUGCUGCUGCUGCUGCUGCCAAGCAGGAAGCAGACGCCUGCGUCCAGCGCGCCAUCCAACUCGCCCAGCAGUUCCUCCAGGAAUGCAAGGACCUCCAAAACCCCAGCAGCAGCAGCAGCAGCAACCCGCAGCAGCAAGACAACGAGCAGCAGCAGCAGCAGCAGCAGCAGCAGGAGGGGGAGGGGGCCGAGGGCGUGGUGACCGUGGAGCAGCUGGACGAGCAGCUGGUUGAACACGUGGUGCGCUGCUGCUGCUGCUGCUUGUCUCCAAUUGCUUCCUUUUGUGGCGGAGUUUUGGCACAAGAAGUUUUGAAAGUUACAGGAAAGUUCAUGCCUUUGAAAGGGUUUUUGUAUGUGGACGCGCUGGAGGCGCUGCCGCUGCCGGAGUUUGCUGCUGCGGCGCCGCAGCAGCAGCACGCAGCAGCGGCAGCAGCAGCAGCGGCGGCGGCGGCGCAGCACCCGGACCUCCUCGACUGGCCAGCAGCAGACCAAGUCGGAGUCUUCGGAGAGCUGCUGCAGCACAAGCUGCAGCAGCUAAAAGUCUUCAUCGUCGGCGCGGGGGCUUUGGGCUGCGAGCUGCUCAAGCUGGUGGCUUUGAUGGGAGUUGCUGCUGAGGGGCAGCAGCAGCAGCAGCAGCAGCAGCAGCAGCAGCAGGCUGCUGCUGCGGGCGGCAGAGCAGCAGCAGCGGACGGGGAGGACGCUGCUGCAGCAGCGGCGGCGGCGGGGGAGAAGGACGCCGCGGACCCCGCAGCAGCAGCAGCAGCAGCAGCAGCAGCAACAGCAGCAGCAGCAAAACGAGGCUGC